AUGAGAUACAUAAAUCCUAAUCUUACUGAAGAUAUAAAGAAGCAAGACAAAUAUAUCAAGUUCAAAUAAUGGCUCAUUGAUAAUGGAGCAUAGUUUGAUAUGGUAGACUUUCCAUGUGUCUAUGGAAAUGGCUUGAUGGGUAUUGGCGCUAAAAAGGAAAUCGGUUAAUUCAAGGCUUUUCUUUUUAUUCCUAACUCAUGCAUUAUCUCUGUCACAAGAGUAAAGAACGAUCCAUUUCUAGGAGAGAUUGUGAGAAGUCAUUAGGGGGUAUUUAUGAAGCACUCUGAUGCUGACUAGCUAUGUCUAGCUCUCUUUUUAAUGCAUGAAUACCUAAAAGGACCUUCAUCCUACUGGUGGCCAUAUCUUGAGGUCAUGAAUGAAUCUGAUUUAGCUUAUAAAUGGUCAGAAGAUGAACUCAAGCUUUUGAAUGAUUAUGAAGUGAUUCACUAGGCUAAAGCUUAUUAAGAUGAUAUAAAUGAAGAAUGGGAGAAAAUGUCUAAGAUAUUAUAACUGUACUAAGAUCAAUUCCCAGGGGUUAAUAAAGCAAUUUUUGAAAAGAUGUAUAAUUUUGCUUGCACAAGAUGCUUUGGCUGGACACUACCUUCAACAAUGAUGGUGCCUCUAGCAGAUUUUUUGAAUCAUCAUCCUAGUGAGACUCAAUAUGAGAUUUAUUAGAAACAACUACAUGAAGUCAAAACUUCAGUUGAUAGCUAAGGAUAUAAGACGAGCAAAAGAUUCUCCAUUGAUUACUCUGAACUAUAUGAGAAAGAUCAGUAGAAUAUUGACUAGGAUACAUUAAAGAAAAUAAAGGGUGAAGUUGAAGAGAAAGAUAAGAUUUAUAUCCCAAGGCCCUAAUUAAUGAAAGAAGUUAAAAGGAAGUUUAUUAAGUAGCCAGAGUUAAACAUGUGGGAACUCGGCUAUUGGUCUAGUGAUGAAGAGGAAGACAAUGAUACCGAAGAUGAAGAUAAUGGUGAUUAUGAUUACUACGAUGAAGAAGAUGAGGAUGCUGUAGAUCCAACUGAGUUGAUUUAACAAGAGAAAUACUUAAAGAGCUUGAAACCUGAGGAAAAGCCUUUUAUGGAGUAAAUAAGCGACAUAGAAAAGAAAGUGAUUCUGAAGCACGACAACUUGACAAAGAAACGAAAGGCAAAAUACACUGAAGAGGAUUUUAAAUGGUGGAAUUUCGAUGAUAGAGAGACCUAUUUCGUGCUGACUACAAAGCGUAAGAAUACUUACUAAGUAGGGGAAUAAUUACUCAAUUGCUAUGGAAGAAGUUAUGGAUUCUGCUUCGAUAAAAAUUAAUAUGACUCAAUCCAAAUAAGAAUUUGGAAAUCACUUUCAAGAGAGGAUAAAGACGUUAAUAAGCUUGCGAAGGCAAUUUUAGUUACAGAAGAAUAAUUCCUAGAAAAUCAAGAUGAGAUAGAGUCUCAAUCUAAGUUGGUGAGGUUUAAAAUGAACUCUUUGAAUGAAGGUACGAAACAUUAGCAUAUUUAAACUAGUUUAGAUUUACUUUCUUAUCUAAGAGCUCAUUUGCUUGUCGCAUAUUAAGGCCCUGAUAUAAUGAAGAUCAAGAUGACUGAGCCAACUCUUUUAGAUUACGAAAUAAUGGUAAUGGAGCAAUAUCAAUAUCUGCUUUUGCUUUUGAAACAAAAUAGAUUCUCAAAUAUUACUUUGCAAGAGGAGGAGACUCUUCUAAAAGAAAACUAAAAUGAUUGGAAAAAGAAAUUUAUUUAUUCGUACAGACUCAGUCAUGUAAGAAUCUUGAAUUCAUAGUUAUCUAUGAUAUACAAUAUGCUUAUGAUUCUGAGAGAUUGUAAUGAGCCUGGAAGAGCUGGUGAAUUUAAAAAGAUUUCAAGACAGUAUGCAAGUAUCUCAGAUGAACAUAUGCAAAACUGUCUUAAUUUCAGAAAGUACCUUAAAGCUCUAUUUGAGUAAUAAUGA